GAAUGAGUAUAUUUUAGUGGCAAAUUUUACUCAUUUUAGUAUUUCGCUUCGUUCUCCGAACAAUUUCAGAAGAAUUGGCGGGAGUUGGCCAGCCCCACUUUCUCGUCGGCUCCUGCUUCACCGAUGGAGGCGGCUGCAGGUUUUGAACUCGAUCGGUCUCUUUCCAUCAAUUCUGAAUCUGCUUCCAAUCUGCAAGAAUCUAAAUCCAAGAGGAUGAUGCUUCAGGAUAAGCCUGAGGGUACUGGGCCACCUAUGGUCAAAUCCGGUGGUCCUAUGAAGUCUAAUGUGUCUGGAAGCUCCCAUGCUGGUACUGGGAAUAUCGUAGGUGUUGAACGAGACCUUGAAUCCUCUGCCUAUAAGAAACAGGGCAUCGGACCCAAUGCCAAUAUGCCUCUUGGAGAAUUACAGAAUCAGCAUGUUGAGGUUGAUGCUUAUCAGGGAGGAGUUGCUCAAUCUCACAAGACUCGGAUAAAACAAUUGCUAAGUGAAAGAUAUGUGCCAAGAAAGUACGUGGAGUUAGCCUUGGCCACAAAGAAUUCUGAAAUUGAAGCCUUAAAGAAACAGCUAAUCCAAUCUGAGAGUGACCUAGCUUUUAUGCAGGUUUAUCUUCCGUCAUGCCUGUUAUGACACCAUAUGGAGUUUGAACAUUGAUUUGUAUAUAUAUUCACACCCAUUCUUGUUCACUCUAGCACUCGUCUGCUCAAAUUGCUUUGUGGGUGAACAUUUUUUUUUUGUGUUGCCUUGGAAUAUUUAUCCUAUUUGGACUUAAUAAGUGCAUCCUUUUUGG